UCAAUGGCCGCGAGACAAAUGCUGUUGUGACUGCUAGAGUGCAAAUUAAAAUUCGUUUAUCUCGCGCAAAAACAUUCGUAUAACAUUUUGUUUACCAAGAAGAUAUGUGACUAGGUUUUGGUGAUAGAAAUUAGAAGUGAGUAACCAUAAUGGACGUAGAUGAUUCGGCGGUUGACCUGAGCGUCAGGGCAUUGCCACCUGAGUUGAGCGAAUUGAGGGCUCUGACGGCCAGUGGGCUGACUAUUACGCCUGCACAACCACCACCACAUGGCUCCAGCGGGAAGCGGGUGCUUCGCCCUCGUUCGGAACAGCGUAGUUAUGCAGAGAGCCCUGAUAUUGUGUUGCUCCCGGCUGCGCCACCCCACCGCAAACCUUCUAUGCCGAGUCCUGCACCGUUUACUGAUGUAAGCAGUAAGCUGAACUCGGGCAAUGUGAACGUGUCUAUAACGCCGAGUACUCUGCCGGCCCCCGCACCGGAGUCUCCGCGCGACCCGCGCGACGAUGAAGACUCGGAGGAAGACGAGAACGAACCGCCAUUGCCGGUCGCUGGACAUCGAGAACUGUCUAGCGCGGAGAUAUGGGAACGCGAGCGUCGGCUGCGUACACUGCGGGAGAAACUACGCGCCGAGGAAACACGACUCGUACUACUCAGGAAGCUCAGGCAGUCGCAGCAAGCUACCGGUCUACCGCCUGCUAAGGACUCUGCGACGGGCACCGCGCUGGCCGGCAGUGGCUGCGUGGUGCCCCCCGGCGUCACCGUCACGCCCGCCCCGCCCCCCGCGCACCAGCAGACCAAGCGUACCAGCAGUAGUACCCCAGCAGUGAGCAGUAGUAGUUCGUCCCGCCGCACGUCCAGUCUGCCGGGCGGGGCCACGCUCACUCCCGGACCCUACCGCUCACAGUCGUCGACAAGCGGCGGUGCAAGUAUAACUCCGUCGGUGACGAUCACUCCGGCACCUCCACCUAGCAGCCAACAUGCUUCCUCUAAUAAGCAACCCCAGGACAACUCCUCGGUGACCAGUAGCACGAGUGAUGCAGCAAGUUCCCGUAGUUCCGAGGACACCCAGACUCCCGCGCAGCGACAGGCCGCCGCUAAACUUGCACUACGGAAACAACUCGAGAAGACCUUACUGCAGAUCCCCCCUCCCAAACCCCCGCCACCAGAAAUGAACUUCAUCCCUUCGCCCAGCAACACCGACUUCGUCUACUUGGUCGGCUUGGAACACGUAGUUGACUAUCUUACUAAUGAAGACCGUAUGCCGCGGUCGUCGGUGCCGGCGGUGUGCGCGCAGUGCGGCUGCGACUUCACGCCGGUGUGGCGCUGGGAGCGCGCGCCGGGCGGGCCGGGCGGCCAGGCGCGCCGCCACGACGCCACCUUCACGCCCGCGCCGCCGCCGCCCUCCGCGCGCCGGCUCUGCGAGCUCUGCGUCAGCGGGAACGUCAAGCGAGCGCUCAAGGCGGAGCACACAGCGCGGUUGAAGACGGCGUUCGUCCGCGCGCUGCAGCAGGAGCAGGAGAUAGAGCGGCGGCUGGCGGCGCCGGCCGCGUCCCCGCCGCCCGCGCCGCACGCCGCGCCGCACGCGCCGCCCGCGCCCCCGCCCGCACACGCGCACGCGCACCGCCCGCUGCAGAUGUCAGUAUCCCGCAGUACGUCUCGCGGUGGGUCGACGUCAUCCCCCGCGCCCAGCAAGACUCCCGCACCACCGCCCGCGCCUCGAACUAUGUCAUCCUCAGAGUCGCUUCGUAGCCACCACUCUGACCGCUCCAGAGAACCCAGUGAGGUACCAGCCAAGAAAGGAAAAGGCUCAUCAUCAAGCAGCACCAGCCAGAAUAGCAGUAGCAGUAAGCAGCACCAGCGGGCGGCAGUAGCGGCGGCACAGAUGGCAUUCGAACAACACAGCGCCGCCGCCAUGCAGGCGCUGCAACAUCAACUGCUCAGAGGUCUCUCAGGUGCCGGCGGUACGUCGGGCAUGUCCCCGGCGGCGGCGGCGGCGGCCAUGAUGCAGUUCUCCCCGCUGCUGUAUACGUACCAACUCGCGAUGGCGCAAGCCUCCGCGCUAGGUAAGCGUUCCGGUAAGGGCGGCAGUAACUCGGGCGGAGGCGCCGCCAUGGCCGCCGAGAUGCAGCGCGUCGCUGAGGCUCAGAGACAGUAUCUGCUCGACAUGAUACCCGGACAACAUACUAGGAAUCCCUGGACGAAGAAUUAACAACUUUAUGGAGAUCAACCAUGAAUUUCAAGUGGAAGUAGACGAUUGACGGCGCAGUGAUAUCGUAACAAUAAAUACAACGUAUAUCUUAAACCAACCACCGCCCUGAAUUUAGCCACAAAGAGUGAGCGAGACGCAAAUAGCACAAAUUAUUAAAAGAGCGAAAAGGACAGCUAUAAGCUCCUAUCUAACUUCAGAGUGGUGGUAUUUUGUGCAAGUUAUUAUGACGUUUUAUGGCAGUGUGAGAGAAAUGGAGCUGUACAGUAGGCAUUGCUAUCUCUUUUAUACUUCCAUAUUAUAUUAAAUGUUAUAAUUUCUUUGUACACAAAAUACGGUAUUCGGCGAUUGUGAAAUUAAUUAAACAAGAUGGUUUAAAGUUUUUGGAAGUUGAAAGAAAUUAUUGGGAAUUAUAGUUAUCUUUUUAUUUGUUUUAAAAUUUUAUACAAAUUGUGUUCAGUUUUUGACCGCCAUGUAUCUACAAAAUGUAAAAUCUUUUUGAGAGUUUAACGAUUAUGGACUAUAUGUUAUUGUUUUUAAGACGCAAUUUUGCAUGCAAACUAAAUACCAUACGUAAAUACGAUAACAACUGACACACACACCUUCAAUCAAAUCAAAUAAGUAUUAAAAAGUAAAUGUUCACAGCGGUCAAAAUGAUUUAUUUACUAAAACAAAAUUGGUUUAAGGAUAAAAAUAGCUAGAUUUCAUACAUUCUUUGAGAAUCACACCGCGAGAAUGCAUUUCUAAGAGAAUCUAGAUUUAAAUAGUACCUAUAUAAUUAGUAUUUAAGGAUAAUUUUUCAAAGUCUUACAAAGCGAUGCACAAGUUUUUAAAUACGUAAAUGGCUUAGAUUAGUAUAUCAACGAUAAAACAGUUUUGUGCUAAUAAUUACACUAAGAUCUCAAUAGAUGGCAUUGCUGGGCAAAGGUUGAAUUUUUAUCUAUAUUCGCUAUUUUUAUUCGUCUUCUUAUCUGUGAAUUUUAUUCAACUCUAUAAUUUUCUUAAUUAAUGGUAUUUGAUGUGCAUUUUUAACCUAUUUUUAUGUGAAUAUGAGUUUAAUAAAUCUUCGAUUAUCUUGCAUGCCAUGCCCAUACUAAUAUUGAUUAAAAUUCAAAAGCUAACAAGACCUCUUUGAAGUCGUACAAAUAACUUGAUCGUUAAAAAUAUUGACGUAAUUUUUGCAUGAAGUAACUUUGGCAUUAACACUAUUGUUUGCAAAAAUAAAGAUCUAAUAUAUUUUAUUGUGUUUUGUGGCUCAUAUACCGCCUUAUCAAAGAGAUAAUUUUAACUAAUUAUAAAUCAAAUUGAAGCUUUAUCUCGACUGACUUUGAAAUUAUGCAGUAAAGACCAUCUUCUCAACAUGUUGGUAAUAUUAGCAUAAAUGUAUGCUUUGUUAUUAUUAUUUUGUUUCCCUGGACCUUUCUAUUCCAUGAGGUAUGGUAGGAAGUGUAAUAUUAUGGACAGAAAUGAUGACUUAAAAAAUAUUGGACACAUUUUUUACCGAUGAACUUAAUGGUUUUUUUUUAUGUUUUAAGCAUUUAUACUACUAAGUAUUUGGGUAGUAUUUAUACUACCCUUUUGCACGUUUUAUAUUGAAUAACAAACUUAUCAUCUCCUAAACGUUAAUAUCUCAUUAUAGUUUUAACUUGUAAAUCCACGAUUAUGAAAAAUUCACAACAGUUGUUCACACAAAAGUAGUCUCUAAACAUCGGAAAUAAGGUCUAUAAUGGAGUAA